CGGUCAAAAGUCAACCCGUCGAUCCCCGUACCUAAAAGUCAUCUUACUCGUCUCGAUCUAAACGACCCCGCCUUAUCCCCUCCCUCUCUCCGCCCGCCAUCGCCAUCUCAGUCUCUCACUAUGCUCGCCUCGCGAUCCUUCCACCACCGUGCUCCGCCCUCCUCCCCCGCCGCCGCCCUCCUCCGCCGCCGCCUCUCAGCCCGCUCCGCCUCGGCCCAACCGCCGCCGCCGCCGCCGACGAUCCCCACCGCCGUCGCCGCGGCGGCGGCGGCUGAGGCUGAGGCUGAUGAUCGGCGCCGAGGCCUCGCCUCCGGCACGCUCCUGCAGCUCCUCUCCAGCGUCGCCCUGGGCUCCGGCCUCGGGAUCGCGUACUGGCGCUGCGCUUCCGAGGGCGGCGACGGCGGUCUGAAGCCGCUCGUGGCCUUCGCCGACUCGUCGGCGGCGGCCGCGGCUGAAUCUGCGGUCGACGGUCGCUGGUCGCGCUCGCUGUUCCGGAAACUGUCUUUGCCCGAUUACAGCCCCAAGUAUCUCUUUGGAGAUGCGUAUAGGAGGAAGGUCUUCUUCAACUAUGAGAAGCGAAUUCGACUGCGAAGUCCUCCUGAGAAGGUUUUUGAAUAUUUUGCAUCUUUCCGAACCCCAGAAGGAGAAAUACUCAUGAAACCAGCAGAUUUGAUGCGUGCAGUUGUUCCUGUUUUCCCUCCUUCUGAAUCCGACCUGGUUCGAGAUGGGUAUUUGAUUGGAGAGAGGAAUCCUGGGGAGCUACGAUGCGGUCCAUCAGAGUUCUUUAUGCUUUUUGAUGUGAACAAUGAUGGACUAAUAUCGUUUAAAGAGUACAUAUUUUUUGUAACGCUACUCGGUAUCCCAGAAUCAAGCUUCUCAGUCGCAUUCAAAAUGUUUGACAUAGACAAUAACGGGGAGAUAGACAAGCAAGAAUUUAAGAAAGUGAUGUCUCUCAUGCGGGCUCACAACAGACAUGGGGCACGCCAUAGGGAUGGACGUCGAACUGGAUUAAAAGUUAGUGGCUCUGUUGAAGAUGGUGGCCUGGUUGAGUACUUCUUUGGCACAGAUGGGAAGGCAUGUCUUCGGCAUGAUAAAUUUGUCCAGUUCAUGAGAGAUUUGCAUGAUGAGAUGCUUAAUUUGGAGUUCGCUCAUUAUGACUACAAACAAAGGGGGACUAUAUCUGCUAAAGAUUUUGCAUUGUCCAUGGUUGCUUCUGCUGACAUGAAGCAUUUGCACCGUUUGCUGGAUCGAGUUGAUCGAUUAGACAAAGAACCACAUCUUACAAAUGUGCAUAUUUCACUAGAGGAAUUUAAGAACUUUGCAGAGCUACGCAAAAAAUUGCAGCCAUUUUCCUUGGCCCUUUUCAGUUACGGAGAAGUAAGUGGUUUGCUCACAAGAAAAGACUUUCAGCGAGCUGCAUCUCAGGUCUGUGGUAUCUCGCUCACGGAUAAUGUCGUCGAGGUCAUAUUCCACAUAUUCGACUUCAAUCAGGAUGGAAACUUAAGUUCGAAGGAAUUUGUUAGAGUCCUUCGCAGACGAGAAAAGGACAUUGCAAAUCCCGAGGGCGAUGGUCUCAUGGGAUUGCUGUCUUGUUGCCACAAUUGUGGAAACAAGUACACAAUCGAGCGCUUGCUUUCUUGAGUCUUAUCUCAGGUGCAUGGUCCCGUAUAAUCUUCCGCGACGACUUCUCUGUGGUCUUGAUUGCUGGAAGUGUUGGUGAGAUUCAAUGAUCCCAUGACUCCUCUCGGGAUUGGUGAUGAAUCUCGAACUGCUUAGCAACUCCAGUGAUCUGAUGCCGAAGAGUGUUGCCUAGCAGCGAGGUACUGAUGGAGGCAAGCAAUAGCUUCACAUUGGAACCACUGGGGGUGUCAAAAAUAACAGAGAAGAGGCUCUCACCGGGCACUAGCCGAUGUUUAAUCAAUCAUAGCCGGCUUGUUUACCCUGGCUUAUAACAGCAAAGCGGUAUGGUUCACUACAAAUGUACAGAAAAAUAAUCGAGUAUGGCUUCGGACAUUACACGGAUUAUUCGAGCUCAUUGGCUUCGCAAACUUUGGAGUGAGCAUUGAAAUAGAUGCGGUCCUGUGA